GCCGUGGCGUGGAGAAGGUUCGAAGAAGUCGCUCAUCUCAUCGUCGCUGUAGGUUUCUGUAAAACACGACGACAAAGGAUGCCACGGUUGUUCGACGUAGUAGUGGUCGCUUUGCUGCUGCCAAUCGCGUCUUCGGUGCUUGGAUACGUAUCGUAUUCCAAUCGCAAUGAAGCGAUACCCAAGUUAGAGAUGACGGUAUCGGAAGGGAAACCGUUAAAAAUGGGCGUUUUCAACUACGAGAACCUUCAAACCUACAUCCCCCGCUGGUACCACGAUGGUAGGUUGAUCACCGCGGACUACAAGCGGUGCAUUGCGAACUACGGCGAGCUGCGGUGUCCGUCGAUGACGCUCCAGGACAAGGGACUGUACGAGCUUUGGGGCACCAGUCGAACCAACGUCGGGCUUCGUCAACUGUUGUUCCACGCGAAUGUCGCGGUGGAAGAAGAGGAGGAGGAGGAGGAGGAGGAGGAGAGAGUGCAGAUGGCCGCCAUCGAGGAUCUGCCGUACGAGGAGCGGGACGAUUGCUUCUGCUCCGGUGUCACUGGUCGAUGCCGCACCGCCAACUAUCUCUACCGUGCUCGGCUAUCGUACAACAUGUCGAAGGCGGAAAUGGUAUACCAUAGGCUACCGAAUAGUACAGAUCCAUCGGAAAAAGUCAUCGAACCGUUUCUCUCCAUACCGGUUAGCUUCAUCGAGGGCAACCUGCUAACAUCGUACGGUGGAUACUUUUAUUUCCAGGUACCAGACGAGUGUUGGUCCGAUCGCACCAAACCGUGCAUGGUGCUGAUCGGUAAGAAUGACCUGACGGUGGGUUACUUCCUACCGGAAGACGCCACCUCCAAGCCUUUCUACGUUCCGAUUAAGGAAACGAGCUGGAAAGUGUUGCGCUCGGAGCGAUUACCGUACGGAUCGGUCGUCGAUCGGUUUGACUUCUUGUACUUGCUGAGUAAGGUGCGCGUGAUCUAUUUGGCGAACCACACUACCCGACGUGACUCACAGCUGGUAGUUGACGUCGCGUCCACGCAGGACACCGGACUGGGGUGGGUCGGUACGGUGGAGGAGUGCGACUGCCACGAGGGAUACCGGGGACUGUCGUGUGAAUCUUGCGACGAUGGUUACUACCGCUCGUACGAUACGAUCAGCAAAAAUGGGAUCUGUUUGCGGCUCGAGCAACUCUGGUAUAUGCACAAACGACAGCACAGGCUGACGUGAGGCUCUCUUACGCUGUAUUUUUUUGUGAAUAAUCGGUUGUUGUAGAUGUAGCAAAAAAAAAUAAA